AUGCGUCUUCCUAUUCUUCUUCUGACUCUCGCUGUCAUGGUCUCUGCCACUAUCUACUGGAAACAUCCAGUUCGAGAUGCGAAGGCGCUAGUCGAGCAUCAGUUGAAGCUUAUCAUUGACGCAAUGUAUAUCCAGGAUAUCAAAUUGUUCGAGAAGCUUGUCAAUGAAAACUAUAUUUUGGUCCAACCUAUUAUCGCAAUGUACUCUUCUGAAAAAUCUGGAUAUAUUCUCUCGGCGAGUAAAACCGCAGACGGAAGUCUCAUUGCUAUAGCAAGAUCAACAAAGGACGGGCAUGACAGUCUCUAUUUUAAGUGGGAGUUGUAUGCUGAGAGUCCAAGCGGCUACAAGCUGGUCAUCUGCGGUUUCUGUUCGGUAAUCGGGCAAUACUAA